AAAUGGCUGCAGCGUCAGAUGUGUAGGGAAUUUCAGCUUUCUCUCUGUAUAAAUAAUGGGGGGUCUGGUCACUCAUCCUGCUCUGGACUCAUUUCUCUUCGUUUCUCAGCUGCGUUAAUACACUAAGAGCUGCUGCCAGAAUGAGGAGUCUGUUUGCUCUGCUGUUAGUGCUGCUGCUCUGCUCUGUCCAGCUGGCCUCUUGUGACUAUCAGGGCGCCCACGUCCCGUUAGAGUGCUGCUUUAAAUAUACUAAGGGGAAGAUUCCAGUGGCCCGUAUUACAUCUUACUGGAGGACGAGGAGCAACUGCCCAGUCAAAGCAGUUGUCUUUAAGACCAUUCUUGGAAACAGAUUCUGUGUGAAUCCUUCGGCCUCUUGGGUUAAACAACACAUGAAGAAGCUAAAGCACCAAAACACCUUAAAACCCCUGGGAUGGAACAACCUGGCUAUCUGACAUAUUAAAAAUAAAUCCAUUUAUUUAAAUGAUCUCGAUGAAAAUGUACAUACCUUUGUAAAGCAACAAAAACAGCUUAAUAUAUUAUUGUAAAUAUAUGUUUUUAUGUAUACAAUAAAACUUGUUGUUUUCAA